AUGGCGGCACCAGGGGGCAAGUUCUUCAUCCAGGAGAAGCUGAAGACGCCGGCGAAGCACCAUGAGUCUUAUGAGCAGCUGUGGGAGACGAAGUGGAAGAAGCCUGCAGAAAUGGGCGUCUACCCCUUCAUGUUCGGCACCGCCUCCGACUUCGAGCCGAUAGUAAAAGAGAUGGUAUCCAAAGACAUGAAAGAGCCCUACAACUGGGACGAAUACGCCAAGAUUUACUUUCCACAGGCCGAAAAGCUCAAGUCCAUAGCCGAAGAAGCCGAGAAGAAUGGCGAAAAAGAGAAAGCAUCAGAGUACUACCUACGCUCCAGCGCCGUAUACCGUAUCAGCCGCUUCCCAGCGCCACGCAGCGAAGUCCAGCGCGAAGCCUGGAAACUAGGCAAAGAGGUAUGCAUCAAAGGCCUAGGAAUGCGGGAACACCCCGUCCACGAAGUCAUGAUCUCACACAAACACCGCAACCAAGACGAAGGCGAACACAUACCCGUGUACCACCUCGUCCCGGACAGCGCCUCGAAAGAGAAUCCCGUACCCACCCUCAUCAUCUUCACCGGACUAGACGGAUACCGCACCGAACUAGCCGUAUGGAUGGAAGGCUGGCGGCGUGUCGGCGUCGCAACCAUCGUCCUCGAGAUACCCGGCACAGGCGACUGUCCAGCCACGGCGUCCGACUCAACGUCUCCAGACCGUCUGUACAGCUCGCUCUUCGACUGGGUAGCCACGCAACCGCGUCUCGAUGCAAAGAAAAUCGCUAUCUGGGCCUUCAGCACAGGCGGCUACUACGCCAUGCGCGUGGCGCACACGCACGCUUCUAAACUCGCGGGCGUUGUCGCCCUCGGCGGCGGCUGCCACCACAUGUUUUCCCCCGAAUGGCUGGACAAUGUAAAUCACCUCGAGUACCCCUUCGAUCUUGCCAAUACGCUAGCCUACAAAUGGGGCUAUGGCAACGACGUCGAGGCUUUCAAGAAGGAGGCCAUGAGCAAGUUCUCGUUGCUGAACGAUGGCACGCUGGAUAAGCAGGAGUGUGCAAGGUUGCUCCUGGUGAAUGGAACUGACGAUGAGAUUUUCCCGAUCGAUGACUAUUAUCUUGCGUUGAUGCAUGGGGCGCCGAAGGAAGCGCGGUUUGUGGAGGGGUUCAAGCACAUGGGCGAGCCGGAGAGCUUUUUUGUUAUCAUCAAGUGGCUGUAUAAGUUGUUUGAAUUGCAGGCGGAGGUGGGGACGAUUAUGGCUACGUUGCCUUUCAAGCCGAAGUACUGA